AUGGCUCAUGGGAGAUAUGAUAAUAAUAACAAGAAGAAAAGUGGACAGAUUCCGAGGUUUGGAGAAUGGGAAGAAGCAAAUGAGAUGCCAAUAACACAAUACUUCGAGAAUCCAAGACAAGCUGAAGCCCUAAAGCUUGCUUCUCACCAUCCCCGUCCACGUCACCUCCAUCCCACAAGACAGACGGCGGGGACGAGAGAAAAGAGGGGACCACAUAGGCGUGUGCGUGACGUCAGUGCACAGACGGACAAGUAUUAUAUAGACGUCACCGGAGUGAGGCAGUUUCAUGGAAACGACGCCGCUCCGGCUUCGAAGCCACCUAAGCCCGUUGAUGAGGAUCUCUACAAGAUUCCUCCUGAGCUUAUCCAUUCUUCAAGAAGGAAGAGAAUGCCUGGCUUUCUAGCAUGUUUGGUUCCAUGCGCAUGA